AUGCCUGGGAUCGUACGGAAAACGCACACUGUGUCCGAGGGUGCCAUGGCGGUAUCACAGGCCGGCAAGCCCGAUUUCUACCUCAUAUCGAGCGAAGACGCGACUUACGAGCAAGACAUCCUGCGUAAUCCCGGCAGCGUACGACCAUGGCUAAUUUACAUCGAUUACAAGAUGCGCAAUGGCACGAUCCACGAGCAGGCCUUUGUACAGGAAAGGGCAUGCAUCCAGCUACCGCGAUCGUACAAGUUGUGGAAGUUGUACUUGGACUUUAGGAUAAAACACCUCAGAAAGAAGAAUCCGGUCAAAUUCAAGACAGAAUUCAGCAAAGUGAAUGCACUCUUUGAAAGAGCGCUCAUUCUAUUGAACAAGAUGCCGGUGAUCUGGGAGAUGUACCUGACCUUCUUGCUCCGACAGCCGUACGUGACCAAGACGAGAAGAACAUUUGAUCGAGCUCUCCGGGCUUUGCCCGUGACCCAGCACAACCGCAUAUGGAAACUUUACAAAUCAUUCGCCAACUCUGCAGGAGGGGAGACAGCAGUGAGGAUAUGGGCGCGAUAUGUUCAGAUCCAUCCAGAGGAUAUGGAGGACUACAUCGACCUCUUGGUCGAGACAGGACAUUAUCUCGAGGCUGUCAAACGAUAUAUUCAGAUCCUCGACAACCCCAAAUUCCGCUCCAAGCACAUCAAAAGUGAAUUCCAGCUAUGGAGCGAGAUGGUCGAAUUGAUGGUCAACAAAGCCAGGGAGAUAGGUGACAACUCAGUCUCGGGCUUUGACCCUGACACGAUCAUCCGCAGCGGUAUCGAUCGCUUUGCUGAUCAGCGAGGGAAGCUCUGGGCUGGGCUAGCAACAUACUGGAUAACCCGAGGCGACUUCGAACGAGCACGCGACGUGUUUGAAGAGGGUAUUACUACGGUCAUGACGGUCCGAGAUUUCACCAUGAUCUUCGACGCAUAUGUCGAGUUCGAAGAGUCCAUCCUGCAGACUCUCAUGGACGCGGCGUCCUCAAGGGCAGCUGAAGGUAUCACUGAUGCUGAAAAGGACUUCGACCUUGACAUGCGCAUGAUGCGCUUUGAGCAUUUGAUGGAUCGGCGGCCAUUCCUGGUCAACGACGUUCUAUUGCGUCAAAACCCCAACAACGUCAUCGAAUGGGAGAAGCGUGUCGCACUUUGGAACAACAACCACGAGCAAAUUGUGCAAACCUACACCGACGCCAUUGCAGCAAUUCAUCCGAAGAAGGCAAUCGGCAAAUUCCAUGAACUCUGGCUCAACUAUGCGAAGUUUUACGAGGAGAACAACGAUAUUGAUACGGCGCGCGUUAUCCUUGACAAAGCCGUCAAGGUGCCGUACAAGUCAGUCGCAGAAUUGGCAGAUACAUGGGUAGGGUGGGCCGAGAUGGAACUACGUAACGAGAACUUUGAUGGUGCGCUCAAAGUCAUGGCUACGGCGACGAAAGCUCCCAAGCGCAGCACCAUCGACUACUUUGACGAAACCCUUUCGCCACAACAGCGCGUCCACAAGUCCUGGAAGGUGUGGAGUUUCUACGUCGACCUUGUCGAAAGCGUGGGAAGUCUUGACGAGACGCGGGCCGUCUACGACCGCAUCUUUGAAUUACGUAUCGCCACGCCCCAGACAGUGGUCAACUAUGCCAACCUGCUCGAGGAGAAUGGGUACUUUGAAGAGUCGUUCAAGGUCUACGAGCGCGGUCUGGACGUCUUCACGUACCCCGUAGCAUUCGAGCUUUGGAACAUGUACCUCACCAAAGCGGUUGAGCGGAAGAUCUCUAUCGAGCGACUUCGUGAUCUAUUUGAGCAGGCUGUCGAGAAUUGCCCUCCACAGUUUGCAAAGCCCAUCUUCCUCAUGUACGGCAACCUCGAAGAGGAACGCGGCCUUGCUCGGUCCGCGAUGCGUGUGUACGAGCGCGCGACUCGCGCCGUGGCCGACGAAGACAAGUUCCCCAUGUUCGAGUUCUACAUCACGAAAUCGGCGAGCAAUUUUGGCUUAACUUCCACACGGCCCAUCUACGAGCGCGCAAUCGCGGCGUUGCCAGACAAAGAUGCCAAGACGAUGUGUUUGAAGUUCGCUGAGAUGGAGAGACGGCUGGGCGAGAUUGAUCGUGCCCGCGCAAUCUACGGCCACGCGAGUCAAUUUGCCGAUCCACGAGUUGAAAAGGGGUUCUGGGAUACUUGGGAGAAAUUCGAAGUCGCGCACGGCAACGAAGACACGUUCAAGGAGAUGUUGCGGAUCAAGCGAAGUGUCGCUGCACAGUUCAAUACCGAUGUCGCGUUCAUCGCGAGCCAGGCUGUCAAGCGCGGACAAACGGCUGGUGGCGGUGGCGAGGUGGGAGAAGACACCAACGGUCAAGAAAGCGCAGGUGAUGCCAUGGCCGCACUUGAAAGACAGGCUAGAGCCCCAGUCGGGUUCGUUGCUGCUAGUACGGGUCCCGAAGGAGGGAACAGAGCGUCUAAGAACGGCGAGGAACUUGCAACGGAGGAGCCGAAGCAGGUCGCUGCGAACCCGGACGCUAUUGAUAUUGACGACGAUGAGGAUGAGUAG